CGGCUUGUCGGCUCCAGAAAAUUUUCCCUGUGUUUGGUGUUUAUUGUGUUGGUGUUUCCAUGGUUGUGGUGGUUUAUUUGUUUGUGUACAAAAUUGUGCAUUUGGUUGUUGUGUCAAAUUUUGAAGACUGAGUUAUCACUGAAGUUUCUAAAUACGGUAAUUAGAGUAAAACAUUGAAAUGCCGGACCAUAUCGAUAUUUGAAACUACAGAAAUUAUUCACCAGGUACAAUUUUAUUAGUCUAGGGUUGUGGUGGUGUAAGUGUAGGUGACUGUACCAAUUUGUUCUUACAGCGGCAUCAAUAAACCACAUAUGAUUAGAGUUAAAAUGGAGGAGGAUGAAGAAACAACCUCACCCAAGAAACAACGCCGUAAACGGAAAUUAAGAAAAGACUUCAGUCCUGAACCAUCCCCUCCUGACAGUGAAGAAGGAUCUGAAGAAGGUGAAGAGAAAAAACGAAGGCGAGGACGAAGAAAGAAGAAAAAAGAAUCACCACCAGAGCCUGAAAAAGAGUUAACAGAUCUACAGCAGAUUUAUAAGAUUGUAGAACAUCUGGUAGCAUCAUCAGGAGCUGCUGCGUUCCUUGAACGUCCAGAUGACUCCAUGUUUGGAAUGUCGGACUAUUACGAGAUUGUCACCAAACCGAUGUGGCUGAAAGAAGUGGAACGUAAAUAUGAGGCAGAGGAGUACACAACGGCAACGGAAGUAGCUGCUGACGUGAGACUCAUGCUGGAGAACUGCUACCAUUACUGGGGUCCCUGUGAUACUCUCUCCAAGCGAGCACUCAAGCUGGAACAGGUCUUUGAGAACAGAAUAGCUGCACUGCCAGAAAAUGUUCAGAAACUGUGCUCUCUAGAGGCCACUCAUGGGGACAUCGUGAAAGAAGAACCAGAUGACUCCUCACCAAAAAAAUCCAACAGUAAAAAAGGUGGAUAUGUGUCCAAACUGCUCAACUGGGUGAUGUCAGGUAAGGGCCGCAGUGAUGACAAGCCAGCCAGUACACAGGAAACUCUGAAUAAGGCACGGAGAGCCGAGCGUGAGGCUGCCGAGAAGCAACUGGCUCAGUGGGAGAAUGACAAUCUACUCACUCCUAUUGUCAAGGACCAAAUUGCUUCCAUGUGGGAGUUUCCUGUGAUUGGCCAGUUUCUACACCUGGUGUACAACGUACUCAAUAUAGAUCCAAUCUCUCACCUGGAACUAGAGCGGAUGUUGCUUAUGCCUCAAGCCUCCAAUACACUUGCCACCCUCAUUACUUCCAUGCUCAUCCCACCCCUGUUUCGAGCCAAGUUAGAGGUUGGACCUGCCAUGCCGUACUCUGUCUGGACUGAACGGCUCAGUACCAAGGUCACCUCCUGGUAUCGGAACUAUCACAGCAAGGGUGACAGCACUGUCGAGGUAUUCGACAGUCUUGGGAUUGAGCCCCAGUUCUGGCUAGUGAUGGGUGAAGAGAACCCGCUGAAGGAUUAUCAGUUCCAUGAGUUGACGUUUCUGCAAAGGGUUUGGCUUCUCAAAGGCCUGUGUGACUUUCUCCUUCAUAACCAUAAGACGAUACAAGACUGCAUCAACAAUCUGGAGAUGGAGGAGUUAAGGGAACAGAAUUUGGGUAGGGACAAGGAGGGUUACAGCUACCACUACUUCCCCAUGUUCACUGAAGUGCGGAUAUACAAGAUGGCCAAAGUGCCUGAUACUAAGUGGAAGGAUUAUGGAGCCGGGGUGGAGGAGGCCAUCACUAUGUGUGCAGAGGAGGAGGACGAUGAAGAACAAGCUCAGGAGUCCAACUUGAUCGGGUUCUCCCGACGACCUCUACACAAGCCACCUCGCUCCAUGCGACCCUCCCACUCGGAUUUUCGCCUGGUCUGCCAAUCACUGGAGGAUGUGCGGUGUCUGGUGGAUCAGUUCUGUGAUGCCGACCCACUGCUUCUGAAGGGUGAAGGUGUCAAUGCUCCCUUGGUCAGUGGCCUGCAGAGCAUUGUUAGCCAGUUAGAAAGCCGGGAGAGCAAGAUGGAAUUGGCUGUCUUCAACGUGCGCAACAGGAUGAGAGACGAGUGGCAGCAACACAAAGCCAGAGGCCCUGAUUACGUGGAUCCUGGUGUGACGUACUGGGAACGUAAGGAGAAGGAGGAGAAGAGAGCGGUGGAGGAAAAGCCCCCUCCGGACCUGAGUAUUCCCGGAACAUCUUCUGACGGUCUGCUGAUUGACGAUGAGAAACGAGAGAGACGCUCUAGAAGGGAAUCUUCUUUGAAAAUGCUUGCCAGAGAAGAGAAUGGAGCAAUGGGUGAUGAGUCUGCUGAGGAAAGUCCUUUAGAUUUUGAUGAUGAUUCAGAAGAUGAAUGGUUUGCAACUAAAAAAGAUAAGGAAAACAAAAAGAAAAAAAGGUGUAUGUCUGCCAAAAAAAUGAAGAAGCUCGCCGACAUUACAGACAAAUUUCAACAUACAUCGAAGGAUAAAGAUGUAGACAAACUUAAUUUGAGUUCUUCGGGCAGUGGGUUCCAGAGUAGUACAAGCGUAAAAGUUGGCAAUAUUUCAAGUUCCAGCACGGAACAGCCUGUGAAAAUAAAACAAGAACUGCCUGAUCCUGAUGAUGCUGCUAGUCAGUUGAAAACAGUUUCAACUAAAACUCAAAAAUCAGUAGAGACCCCCAAAAUUUUUGUAAAAGACAACAAUAAAAUGAAGAAAACACCUCCUGUCAUCUGCAAGCAAGAGGUCAUUGAAGAAACUCAGCAUACUACUACCUCUACUACACCUCCUAACCAAAGUGUUAUUCAAACAUUAGUUCCUCCUGUGAAUGUGUCGAACGUGAAAUUGGAGAAGGCCUCAAAGCCUAACUCUAUCACCCCAGAUUUGUCCAGACUCAAACGUUCCAACUCUCCAGAUGCAGAUGUUGUGUAUAUCAGUGACUCAGAAGAUCCCCCAGAUAUCAAGCCCAACCCAGCAAUGUUAGCUCAGCAAAUGAAUACCAACAAAGAAGAGACAAUAAACUAUUCUAUGAGUGUACCUCAACAACCAAUGGGAAGUUAUUUGGUUCCAGGAGCUCCAACCAACCAAGGACAGUUUGUUCCUGUCAAUGUUUCGCCUGGAGAGCAAGUGUUUAAUCCUCAAUCACAAGUUUUUAAUGUGGCACAACAAUCAACACAACCGAUAACUUAUCAGAUGCCCGCUACCCCGACUUUGGUUCAGCAGAUCAGACCCAAUCCUACCAUUGUUCGACUACAAGCACCCAGACCGACUUUAGCUCCUAAUCAAAAGUUUUUAGUAAUUCAGGGAAACACGAAUAAUGUAAAUCAACCCAACCAAUUUAUAAAUAAGGGUCCUCGGGCACAAGGAAAUAGUUUUCCUACUACUCCAACUAUGCAGUCAGUCAACUGGUUCGGACCAAGAGGGUCACCACAGGCCAACGUUAAUUACUCCCCGAGACAGAGAGGCCAGUCUCUGGUCGUAGUCCAAGGCCAGUCUUCCAGAGGUCGUGGAUCUCCUAGAUCACCCAUAACGCCCACAAGAGGAACUCAAAGGUUCUCUGGAAGAACUCCCACUAACAUUCGAACUCCUCCCUCUCCUGUUCGGACUCCCAAUCAGGUGGGGGCAAGGACUCCAUCACCCAUGAGAGGUAGAGGAGGGCCUGUCACUCCCGGAGUAAGGGCGGGACCAGUUCGUAACCUCAACUUCAACCGAAGUCCAGUGAAACCGGUGAAUAAACCGGUGAAUGAUAUAGCACCGAGAAACAACUCACCAGACAUUGAAGGAACUCUGAUGGUGAGCUUGACAGACAGUGGUGGGUUUGGUUAUGUUGUGUUGCUCCCAGAUGGAGGAAAAAUCAGUCUUACACAUGAUCAAUUGGCAAAAAUAAGAUCAGAUAAUGGAGGAACUUUGCCGAAAGACUUGCAAAGUCCCUCUUAAUAUGCAAACUGAGGGAUUUAGAAUUGACUAAAGAACUUUUGUAAUAAUGUACAUAGUCUGUGUUAGAUUUUUGUAAUAUCUUUUUAUUGUGUACAUAUGAUAUGUAUGAAUCUAAAGUAUUCUUUUCUUUUAUUCCUAGUUGUUUAGUAAAUUAAGGCCACUUAAACAUUUUUACUGUAAGAUAAUAAUAAUAAUAUUUCUUAGUUUUAUAAUCAUGAUUUGUCUAUAAUUUGUAAAUUUGUACAUAUUUUAAUUCUUAGUGUUAUUGAAAUUAGGUAUUAUAAAAAUAAAAACACUCUGAUUUUAACACUAUGUGAGUGAUUGUUCUUUUUCUCUUCAAAUAAUUUAAUUCACACCACAAUGUCAUCAUGUAUGUUUUACUCAAUAAAUUAAUUAUUAAUAAUCACAAAUGAUGUGUGUAUGUGUGUGUGUUUGUAUACAUGUCAAAUGCUAAAACCUCACUUUUGUAUUCAUCAUUUUAUUUAUUAACCAACCUAUCAGUUCAUUACAUGUUUUGUAAGAAUAUCAGUAAAUUCAAAGUAAAACUAGUGGAUCUGACAAGCUUAAAACAAUUCAGCUCAUCUUUCUUCAUAAUUAUACAUAUGUGUAUUUUAAAAUCAAACACAGUUUACACUUUUGAUCAAAAUUAAUAAAUAAACUUCAUUACUGUGACCUAUCAUUGCACAUUGGCUAGGAUUUUAACUUACAUUUUUGUUUGUUCUUUCUUUAUUAUUGUUAUUAUUAUUAUUUUACUUUUUUAUUGUUUUGUUUUAUGUAACUAAGUUUAAUAUAGUUAGAGACUCAGAUGGGUGGACACGGUUCAUCAGCCUAAUCAAAGGACAUCAUACAUGGUUUGCAUUUGUUUUUAAGAUCAUGUUACAAAUAAAACAUGAUCCUAAUGAAUGUUUGUGAUAUUAUGAAAACUACUGAAAAGUGCACUGCUGCAGUGUAUAGAGUAUCAUUUAAGUGUAUAAAGAAUUUUUUAUAAAGAGAGUCUUGCAGAAAAGAAAUGUUUUUACCUUUAGUAUAUCAUUGGCACAAAUCUCUGUAAACUCUAUUUUACCUCCAUGCCUUUGAUACAGUUUCCCAUUAAAUAUAUUAGGAAUUAGUGAAACGCAAUAGUAUACUUUAAUAACAGUAACUGUAGCACAAACAUGGAAAUCCAAUAUCUCUUAUAUCGUCCUUCAUGAUUAUAAGAUCGCUUUAUCUUUCUUCCGGAGAUAAACAAAGGCUGCCGACACCUGUUGACUGUGUUGUUGACAGGACUUUCCACGCAUGCGCACACUCUCCCAACAACUCUGAUCAGCUGGAUCAGUCAUUUUGUCCUUUUACUCCCAUGAUUAAAUGUCAAUAUAGACCCAUUAUUUCUUUCAUUGUUUUAUUGGUUUCAUAAAUUAUCUGUGUGUUUAAUUUUUGAUGUUCAUAUAAAUAAGUUUUGAACCGAUUAAAUUUAUUUUAUUGCAUUGUA